UGGAAUGCUGACUCUACACGCCCUGCACAAGUCUGUCUUAGUUAGUAAGAAGCCCGACUCAAUCCCAUCAUCAGUUACCAACCUUACCAUUGCUUAACAUUAAGCACGAUUUGCUUUCAAUAUCACAUAGUUGACUUGUUUUUCGUUUAAGCUCGACAGAGCAUAAAAAGUUUUAUAUACAACCGAAUGAGGGAAUAGUAUAAUAAUCUAUGUAAACCAGGGAACGUGGGGGGUUCAUUAGCCGUAGAAUAAUCAGAGUAGAGCAAUCCCGUUAGUUCUAAGAAAUCACCAAUGGACAGAAGUUUGAUAGUGGUCUGGAUUUUGGUCCUCUGCACGGCGAUGACUCCACGGUGUUGCCAAGGUUAUUACUCCGACAGCGUCCCUUAUGUUUCCCGGGCAGAGAAAGUAACCUAUCUCCACUUCUUUUUACAAGACACUAUCAGCGGCAAAAACCCUUCUGCAGUGAUGGUAGCCCGUCCAAACAUGACAACCGCCUUCAACGACAGACUGGGGCUCUUCGGCAGCGUGUUCGCCAGGAAUGAUCCACUUACCGUUGGUCCUGACCUAACAUCAGAGGUCAUUGGAAAUGCUCAAGGCCUCUCGGUGUCGACUGGCCAAGACGUUUUAUCUCUGACCGUGUACUUGGAUUUUGGGUUUACUAAGGGUGAAUUCAAUGGUAGCUCUAUCAGUAUUUUCUCAAGGAAUCCAAUUACACUGACGGAGCGUGAGCUAGCGGUGGUCGGAGGGAGAGGAAAGUUCAGGAUGGCGACAGGGUUUGCAAAGCUUAAGACUUACUUCGUGAAUUUUACGAGUGGUGAUGCCAUUGUGGAGUAUAAAGUGACUGUGAUUCAUCACUAAGAUGACAUUUUGCCAGUUCUCUUCUAUGUUUGUCUAGUUUUUGGUUUUUUUCCUACCAAUAAAGUUGGCUCCUGGCCUGACUACUCACCGGGCGUUGACAGACAGUAGGGACUGAGCUGAUUGAUAUA